CUCCCUGCGCGGCUGGGCAAAGUUCCUGGGGGAGGGGAUCGAGGCGAAGAAAAGAAAAUAGAGCAAGGAAGACGUUAAAGACAAAGAGGAAGGAGUCAAAAGAGAAGUUCUGACUGAGAGACUCGUGAAACACGUGGAGCGUUAUGGAUAAAAUAGUUUAUUUUAAUGCCUGAAACCAGAACGCGUGACAGUCAGAACAACAUCACAGUUUAUAGUCAGAUUUAAGACAUGGCAGAAUGAACGAUCAACUGUGCAAAUAUUAAAUAACAUGUGACAGUGGGUUAGACGCGUUUUCCCAGGGAUUUUCACCAAAAAAAAAAAAAAAAAAGAACCUUACCGGAACAUUAUGGAAAAUCCGAGGACAGCCAGUUCACAGAAGAGUUGGAAGUUCGUGCGGGACUCUCUGCUGCUUUGCUUCUUUGCCGGCCGUGGAGAUGCUCAGUGCGACAGCUGUAUUGAGUACUGCUGUGAUGGGGUUCCUCCUUUCUGCUGCUCUUACUAUGCGUAUGUGGGAGACGUGCUCUCGGGAACGGCCAUCUCAGGGAUCGUGUUUGGUGUGGUGUUUUUGAUGGGUGCAGUGGCCCAAUUAAACAUGCAACAAAAAAACGUAAGUUUAUUUCUAAAUCAAAAUGUGCAUAAUACUAUAAGAUCAUAUAAGUCUGUCUUAUUCUUCUCAGAUCCUCCACCUCCUUAUAGCUAUGAUUAUGAGGUGUAUCCUCCUGAUCUACGGCCGCCUCCAUACACACCAACUCUACCCAGAGUGGCAAACUACUCUCCACCUCCACCUUAUCCAGGCUACAGCCGCAAAUGAGCCUCCUUACGUGCCUGAUUCUGAGAGGAUGAAAGUUGCACUAUGAAAUGCACACAAUGAAAACAACACAAACUAGUGUUGGACUGCCAGUGCUCUGUCAAUAAAGCAGGGAUUUCCACUCACUGGACCAGCCGCAAAGAUGAUUCUUACAUGGGGAUUUGACGAUUUUCAUUCAUGGCAUGGACAUUUAGGGUCUCACAAAUCUAAAGAACACUAAUAAACAUUAUUAGGCAACAGGAGACCAGGACAGGUCUAAAAACUCAAGAUAAAAAAUGUGAUUUGGUAAAUGUAUUUUCUUGUGAUGUGGUUUGUUCGAAAUCAGUGUUAUUUCUUUAAAUGUCAAAUUAAAAUACAGCAAAAUUAACUGUUAAUAUGGGAGUAAACUUCAUAUGUGUUGUACAGUACAGAGUAACAUUAUAUUCUUAUACCUACAGUGUGUCUGUGUGUCUUGAUUACUUUCAAAUCAACUGAGGAAAUAAUAUGCUAAAUGUAUUUAUUCAUAGAAAAUUGAAAGAGCAACUUGUAUUUGUAGUUGACUACUAGCUAUUAUAAAAACAUACCAGGUAUAGUUAACUGUUCUCAGAA